GCUUUGUUGAUGGUGGUUAUGUUGGCCCCGCAUGCAAGCUACGCCGCUUCGCCAUCAGAUUGGUCAUCCAGAGUAAUAUACCAACUUCUUACAGAUCGUUUUGCAUUGCCAAACAAUCAAACUACUCCAUGCCCAGAUAUCAGCACAUAUUGUGGCGGUACCUUUACUGGUAUCGAACAACACCUCGACUAUAUCCAAGGCAUGGGCUUUGAUGCCAUCUGGAUAUCUCCCGUCGUCACCAACACUCCUGGCGGAUACCAUGGAUACUGGCAACAAGAUAUCUAUUCGAUCAAUUCGUACUUUGGCUCGAGUGAUGACUUGCUCAACUUGAUCAAGGCUUGUCACUCGCGUGGCAUUUGGGUGAUGCUUGAUGUGGUGGCCAAUCACGUCGGCCCCGUCAACUACAACUACAGCUCGAUCGUUCCAUUCAAUCAGGCGUCGCACUAUCACAGCUGCAGUGACUGUCCCUCCGACUGCUCGAUCGACGACUUUAACGAUCAGUCAGAGGUCGAGAUCUGCCGUCUGUCUGGUCUGCCCGACCUCGACCAGAACAACACAUUCGUUCGUCAAUCACUCCUCAACUGGAUCCACAACAUCACCGCCUUCUACGGAUUUGACGGCAUCCGCGUGGACACCGUGCCCGAGGUGGAGCCCGACUUUUGGACACAGUACAACGCCGCGGCAGGCAUGUACGCCGUGGGAGAGGUGUACAAUGGCGACGUGGGCUACGUCGCGUCCUACCAGGAGGUGCUGGACGGCCUGCUAAGCUACCCGCUCUUCUUCACCCUUCGCGACGUAUUCGCCUCGCAACAGUCCAUGUUUGGGCUGCAGUCGAUGCUGCAGGACUACGCCUCGUCGUUCAAGAACGUCGCGUAUCUUGGCACGUUCAUCGACAACCACGACCAGGUGCGCUUCCUCAACCAGCAGCCCGACCUGGCGCUGUACCGCAACGCCAUUACAUACGUGCUGACGGGCGUUGGCAUCCCAAUCAUCUACUAUGGCACUGAGCAAGAGUUCAAUGGCGCAGCGGAUCCAGACAACCGCGAGCCACUGUGGCCCACACAGUUUGACACUACAGUUCCAAUGUACCAGUUCAUCAAGACGAUCAAUGCCUAUGUCAAGCAAACUGCACUGAGCCAGUAUGAUCAGGUACAACGCUAUGCCGACGACUCAUUCUACGCAUAUACACGUGGCAACACAUUCAUCGCGCUAACCAACGGAGGAUCGGACCAAGGUCAGAUUGAGCGAACCAUCACCUACCAAGACUAUCCAGAUGGAACCAUUCUUUGUAAUCUGUUCUGGCCAACUGAAGACUGCAUCAAGGUUGCUAAUGGUCAAUUCACUGUAUAUCUAGAUGAUGGCGAGUCCAAGAUUUAUUACCCAAGUACAUCAUCA